AUGCUCACAGACAUCAUUACUCGAGCACUGGGCCAAUACUUGCCUCUGGCUCUCGUAUUUUCUGUGCUCAUUUAUCUAGCUCGCAACUACUAUAAGCGAGACUUAAACAAGUAUCCGGGACCACUAGCGUGCGCUUUCACCGACUGGUACAGGUUUUUCAAAGCAUGGCAGAGGAAACCUGAACAGUGGCAUAUAGAUUGCCAUAAGAAAUAUGGGGACAUUGUCCGCCUUGGGCCAAACUGCCUCUCCUUUGCCAAUCCGAAGUCCGUCAAAGCUAUUUACGCUUUGGGUAAAGGUUUCACCAAGUCAGACUUUUACCCUGUACAGAUGGCAACCUCGAAGGAGGGAAAGAAGCUCCCAACACUAUUCAGCACCCAGUCGGAAGAAUAUCAUUCCCAGUUGAAGCGCAGCGUUAACAGCGUCUUUUCCAUGUCGGCCCAGAUGCAGUAUGAGCCUAUCUUCGACUCAGUGAACGAAGUAUUCCUCCACCAGACACAGGAACGAUUUUCGAAUACCGGUAAAUACUGCGACUUCUACCAGUGGCUCCAAUUCUACACUUUCGACGUUAUCGGUGAACUAGUUUACUCUAAAAGGCAUGGCUUUUUGGAGAGCAACUAUGAUAUCGAGGGAAUCGUCAAGGGAAACUCCGCCCUAUUCGACUAUGCUGCUGUGGUGGGACAGAUUCCUGUUCUGGACAAGUUAUGGAAAAAGAACCCAAUCAAACUGCUUGCAGCCAAGUACGGACUGAUCGACUCUUCGUAUCCUGUUGCAAGCUUCGCCAAAGCCCGCCUUGCCGAACGGCAUCCUUCCGGGACGGUCUUCUCGAAAGAAAAUCUUGCUUGGCAAAGAAACGAUACGAAUAUGCCACAGGACUUCCUCUCCAAGUUCAUCCAGGCCAAACAUGACAGGCCAGACUUUUUCAACGAUCAACUUGUCGUUACCAUGUGCGUCUCCAUGGCCUUUGCUGGAUCUGAGCCUGCAGCCGUAUCAAUGAGUGGUGUUUUCGCCUCGCUUCUGAGAAACCCCAGAUGCUUGGAAAAGGUUUACGAAGAACUCGAUCGCAAAGCAUUGGAAGGUCACUUCAAAGAUACUACAACAGGUACAGUCACGUGGCAAGAGAGCCAGGGACUUCCCUACCUUGAUGCCUGCAUCAAAGAAGCUUUCCGCCUCCACCCCGCCCCAGGAUUGCCAUUCGAGAGAGUUGUUCCACCAGAGGGUGUGCUCAUCGACGGUGAGUUCAUCAAAGGAGGAACAAUUGUCGGGUGCAAUGCAUGGGUUAUCCACCGCCGUACCGAGAUUUUCGGCGAGAACCUCGAUGAUUUCGUACCAGAACGUUGGCUUGUGGACCCGUCCAAAGAUCGAGAGGCAGAAAUCGCUCGAAUCAAAGACAUGGAUUACUACAUCAUGAGUUUUGGCAAAGGGCCGCGCGUGUGCCUCGGAAAGCACAUUGGUAUGAUGGAGGUUUACAAGCUCAUUCCAGCAGUUCUUCGAAGAUGGGAGCUUGAAUUGGACGAAGGGUCUCGUGAAGUUCGUUUCCGUAACGGCUGGUUUGUUAGACCAGUAGAACUCAAGGUGAAGUUUACAGACCGGAAACUAGUUACACCAGCAUAA